CGACGACGAUGUCCUUGCCCCCCGUACCUCCGCGCCCUUACGACUACGACUACGACGACGCCGCUCCUGGACCACCGCCACUCCCCCCGCUCCCGCCACACCCGCCUGAAAUCCGGUACCAUCCCUACGAGGUCGGCAUCAACGCCUCGACGCCUCUCCCCGCUCCCCGCGCCCACCAAGCUACCAGCGCUGCCGCCGACCUAGACGCAAUGUCGCGUGUAAUGUCACCUCCUGCAAUGUCGUCGUCAAUAAACUAUAAUCCUGGAUUUGCUCUACCAUAUCCUGGUUCGCCCUCCAACGUAGACGUAUCACAAUCCAUCACUGCCAUCGGUAGGACGCCAUCGAUGUUCUCCACCUUCGCGAGACCUCCCCUACCUCUCACACCCCCACAGACCUCCCUCACGGCCCCGAUUCCCACGAUACCGUCGCUCGAUUCUGCUCUGGGUACAGUGCAACAGCCAUCUCACGAUCCUGCCUUACGUAUCGCUUGGUGCCGAGACGUGAUGUAUCUCGUAGACAGGCAUAUUCAUGCCGCGCCCAAUGAGCCCCUGGUUGGGCCGGUCACCAUAACGGACCCAAAUCUUUCCCGCCUAGUGCAAUAUGCCAUACCAAUUAUCCUGUCACUCGCCUCGUCGCAGUCGCCGCAACCAGAAGCCCUGUAUCUGCGCGCUUCGCUCGCUGCUAGCGGUGCUUUCCCCGACCAGGUAUCUCACAAUCCACGUGCCGCAUUCAGGGAUUUCGAGUCUGCUGCUCGUACAGGAUGCCACAAGGCAUGGUUCCGUUUGGGUAGAGAUUACGAAUCGUUCAACGAUCUGACCCAUGCCCGUGACUGUUUCGAACGUGGCGUCAAGUUCGGUGUCGAGUCUAGCAUUUAUCGGAUGGGCAUGGCUCAUUUGCUAGGCCAGCUUGGUCUUCCUGCAUCACCUCAGACUGCUUUACCUCUCCUACAGCGCGCAGCUACUCUCUCCUCUCUUGAAACGCCGCAGCCUGCAUACGUGUAUGCUCUCCUUCUUCUCAACGAAUUCGCCCUUGUCUCUGUUCCACCAGCCCUUCUGCAGCCUCUCAUACCCACUGGCUCCUCUCCACCCCUCGAAGCCCGUACCCAUCUCGAGCGGUCUGCUUAUCUUCAUUAUCCCCCCGCCCAGUACAAGCUUGCACAUGCAUACGAAUUUGCCCAACACCCCUGGCAGUUCGAUGCUCUUCAGUCAGUCGAGUGGUACUCCAAGGCAUCACAAGCGGGAGAGGUUGAGGCUGACAUGGCACUUUCGAAAUGGUUUCUGUGUGGAUCAGAAGGUUCGUUUGAGAAGGACGAAAGCUUAGCUUGGGUCUUUGCUGAGCGCGCUGCAAAGCGAGGGCUGUCAAGCGCUGAAUUUGCUAUGGGUUACUAUGCCGAGGUUGGCGUAGGUGGUCCAAUAGAUGUCGCCAAGGCCAUCGAUUGGUACCAAAAGGCAAGCUUGGUUUACCUUUUGGCUGCCUUUGCUCUGACCUCCCUUUAAGGCUGAUUCGCAUGGCAACACUGAUGCUCGAGACCGACUGGAUGCUCUUACUCAGUCACGUCCCGCUCCCCUCUCCCGCCAGGAGCACGAUGUCAUUACCGAAUCCAAGCUUGUACGGACCCGAACCCAAGCUCGUCU